UUCUUUUUUAAUUCACCCCCACCUUAGGUUAAGUUUUCCCUCCAAACUGGCAACGGGCAACGGGCUACGGCCCACUGGCAAGGCUCUACAUCCCCCCCAAUUGGACCAAUUAGAUACAAUCCCAAAAUUUUGGUUUCCCGGAGUCGCAAUUGCUUCGAAGUUCGAACGCACACACACAUACACACGAUGAGGUCGUAAGGAAACAAGAAAAACAACCCCUUCCUCCCCCGUGAACCUCAAUCCCUCCCGUAUUCCCUGCGGAAGGUCUUCUAGAGAAGGGAGAAAAAAAAAAAAAGAGAGAGAGAGAGAUGCAGAAGAUCCUCCGCCGUGUGGCGACCGCCGAGCGGGUGGUCGCCAAGCGGACCAAGACCAAGGACUUCAAGUGGUACAAGAAGCAGAAGAAGGAUCAGUUCCAGGAGCAGCAGCAGCAGCUAUCUAUAGUCCGGAGCGAGUUAGACGCCGCGAAGCAGGCCGUGAAGGACGAGUGGGAACUAGGGCCCCUCGCUCCCCGAAGAGACGUCGGCGAGUGGGCCGGUGCGAAGGGCGCCAUCCACGAGGCCCGGUUCGCCGGCUACGGCAAGAUCUCCCUCGCCAUGCGGAAUCGCCGCUGCCAGUGGGCCGGCGGCGCGUACCACCUGAACCUCGCCGAGGGCGACAGAGUCGUGCUGAUCGACGGCCCGGAUAAGGGACGCAUCGGCAAGAUAAAGAGCAUAAAUUACGACAACGCCGAGGUUGUAGUCGAGGAUUUGAACAAGAGCAACGUCCGAUUACAAUCCGAAUUCCGCAAUUCCGAAUCGCCCUCCGUAGUCAACAUCGAGCUGCCCAUACCCAUCUCCGACAUCCGCCUCGUCCACCCGAUCAAAGACCCCUCGACGGGCGUCACCCGCGACGUCAUCAUCAACCAGCUGGUGCACAGCGGGUUCCUCCACGACCGGGUGUCCGGGAAGCGGCGAUGGUCGCGCAUCGUGCCCGGCCUGAACAUCGCCAUCCCGUGGCCCAAGAAGCAGGAGGAGGAUGUCAAGGACUACAAGGUGGACACGCUGCGCAUCGACGUCGAGGACAAGACGUUCGUGCCGACGCUGCUCCGCCCGCCCAUGCCCGCGCCCCUCAUCGACGAGCUCCGCAACAAGUACAGCCGCUUCCGCACCCGCCACGACCCCGAGUACGUCGCGCGCCUCGAGGCCCAGGAGAAGGCCGCCGGCGAGCACAAGCUCCGCACCGAGGAGUCCAUGCGCACCCCGCUCCAGGAGUUCCACCGCGCCCAGCGCGAGGGCAAGAAGAAGAAGGGCAAACCCCGCCUCACCCGCGAGAUGCUCGAGAAGAUCGGCGAGGUCAUGGCCAGGAACUUGGAGAGGACGCGCAACGGACAGGCCCUGCUGGAAGCUGCCGAGCGCGCCCUCCAAAGCAGGAGUGAAAACAGCGGCGAAAGCAGCAGCAGCAGCAGCAGUAGCGCUCUGGCCUCGGAGGGAACGGUGGAAACGCCACCGCCUACAGAAACGACGACGGUUGCAGCUACGGCUACGGCCGAAGAGACGCAACCCCCACCACCGUCGGCAUGAAAGUAAAAAAGAAAUUUAUAAAAAAUGGGUUGUAGAAUACAACGCUACUUAGGCCUGUAACAUAAAUGUACAUAUUGCAUUCAGGAGCGCGCGGAGCAUCCAAACCAAAGUUCUUAUUCCAU